CAGACAGCGGAAAAUGCUUUUCCCAGAAUCAACUGUAUCAUACAACAGCAGGAAACUGAUCUCAGCAAAUCUGAGUCUCUUUCCUGAGCAAUCCGACAGUUUUUUAAGAACUAAUUUUUUGAAACUCACUGUCCAAUUUGAUUACUUCUUUAAUUGCUUUCCAUUUUCCAAGUUCUCACUUAAUAAGAUUAAAAAUACCCUUUAUUUCAGGUGCGCAUCAUCGGGUCCUAAAAGUGAAAAAAAAAGUUGUCCUUUUAUUUUAUUUUCAAAAUUAUCUCUGUGAUUUCUAGAGCUUGAUUUUGAGUUGAAGAUCCAAUAGAGUGAGAGAGUGAAAUGGAACCCCCAACGGGGUUGUGGGCUUCUUUGUGGAAUUUCAUACGUUUCUUGCCUUUCUUCAUUGGCCUUCUCAUUCUGGGACUUCUCAAAGGCAUUGUGAUGUUCCCAGUGAUAUUUCUUAUCAUCACAUUUGGAAUCUCUGUGAUAAUACUUGGUCUGUUGCCUAUUCACUGCUUUUAUACCUAUUAUUGCGUUUUGAGCACAAAGCAAUUUGGUCCCGGUUUGAAGCUCAUGCUCUACUUUUGCAUUCCCGUCUUUGUUAUAGCAUGGCCGCCCAUUGGAAUUGCCUGUGCAGUCUUUGGUGGUGCAGCUUAUGGCCUGCUUGCACCGAUGUUUGCCACCUUCCAGGCAAUAGAGGAAGGGAAAACAGACAAAUUCUAUCACUGUGUUUGUGAUGGAAUUUCGAGCACUCUGAAAGGAAGCUUCACUAUCAUCAGAGACUUUUUAGAUGUUUGUUUCUUUUCUUAUUUCUCAAUCAUGGAUGAGCUACGUUGUCAAGAGCCUGCUGAAGGAAAAUAUUAUGAGAUUAGAUUGCUGUAUGUUCCCCAAGCUCUUAUAGCUGGGGUACUUGGUGCAUUUUUUGAUUUUCCAGUGAUCUCCAUUAUAGCCCUCUGUAAGAGUCCCUACAUGCUUUUCAAGGGUUGGCAUCGCUUGUUUCAUGAUUGCAUCGGACGUGAAGGACCAUUCUUGGAGACUAUUUGUGUGCCAUUCGCUGGCCUGGCCAUUCUACUCUGGCCUUUGGCUGUUGUAGGGGCAGUAUUGGGCUCCAUUGUGUCGAGCAUCUUCUUGGGUGCUUAUGCUGCUGUGAUCGUCUAUCAGGAGAGGUCUUUCUGGUAUGGGUUGUGUUAUAUUGUUGCAUCGGUUUCUAUUUAUGAUGAAUACAGCAAUGAUAUCCUCGACAUGCCUGAAGGGUCCUGCUUUCCUAGACCACAAUAUAGAAAGAAAUCAAAGAUGCCUCAACACACUUCCUCAUCUGUUUCUAAUUCAAGGCCCGGAUCUUUCAAAAAGGCACUCUCACGUACGAGCUCUCUAAUGGCACCUAUGGUCGAGUUGAAGCCUCUUGAGUUGGCUGAUGCCUUGUUUGAGGAGUGCCGGCGUCAGGGUGGAGCGAUGGCUUCGGAAGGGAUGAUAACCUUAGAAGAUAUCGAGGAUGACAAGAACGACAAAUCUGGUGGCGGAGUGCUAAGCGUUGGCUUACCUGCCUAUUGCAUUCUUCAAGCACUUCUACGCUCAGCAAAAGCCGACAUAACUGGCAUAUUGCUAAGCGACAACGUGACUGAAAUAACUUCAUCAAAUAGGCCCUCAGACAAGUUUUUCGAGUGGUUUCUUAAUCCGCUCGUGAUCAUCAAAGACCAGAUCAAAGCCGACAAACUUUCUGAGGAAGAGGAGCAAUACCUUGGCAAGUUGGUUUUACUGAGUGGAGAUCCGGUAAGAUUGAAGAACUCGACCAUUGGCUUAGUUCCUAAAUCCGAGAUUAGACAAGCCGAACUUGAUGCUAUUGCUCGAAGACUCCGAGGAAUCACUAAAUCGAUAACAAGAUAUCCAACGUUUAGACGUCGUUUUGAUGAUAGUACAAAGUGCAUUCUUGACGAGAUUGCUAUGAAGAACGAAGAAAGCGGAAAAUCUGGCAGCCGUAAUCCUUUGCCUCUGCGAAAAUCGAAAAGCAUGUUCGGGAGGAUUUUCAGCCAGAAAUCUUUCAAUGGAAGAUCGAAUGAUCAUAAUGGCACUUUGCAAGAGAACCGAACGGCCUCUGAGAGAGAUGUAGAAAUCGGAUGAGUCUGUUGUAAUGUUGUUGUUUCAGAUGGUGAAUUUUUUGCAAUUUUUAGGUAUGUAAAUCUUAACUACAUCGCAAACAAUUGCUUCAUACUUUGCAUUGCAUUAAUAUAUGCGUAGAUAUCGGUUUUGCUUUUCA